AUGCUUCGGCUAUGCACGGCGAAUGGCACUCCCAUUCCUACUCUAGGAAGAAGACAACUCAUGGUCAACCUGGGAGGGCAACGACGGUAUCCAUGGACGUUCAUUCUUGCGAGUGUUUCCACUGGAAUACUGGGUAUCAAUUUCUUACAGUGCUAUGAAUUGCCUGUCGAUUCACGUAGACUGCAGUUGAUCAACUCAACGUUGAACAUUAAAUUCACAGGUCUCAAAGCUCGAACCAACGUUUACCGACUCACGGGUUUAAUGCUUGAUAUCCCUGUGGAUUUCCAGACAUUGAUUGCCCGAUUACCCACGUUGACUAAACCUAUUAAAGAUUUCACACUAUUGGCUGAUCGUAUUGCACAGUACAUAGUCACUAAGAGGCCACCAACCACUGCACAAUCUCACCGACUGGCAUCGCACAAAUAA